GUUUCGCUGUCCUUGUUCUUUUCCCCUUUCUCUCUCUCUCUCUCUCUCUCUCUCUCUCUCUCCCCUCUGUAUGUUACUUGAGUUUGAAAUUCAUGAGUAACUCUGUCCAUCUUCACCGCACUUCUGUUGUCUAGCGGUAGAAGAGAAUACUAUGUAAAAUUGACAGCUCCUCUCUCUCUCUCUCUCUCUCUCUCUCUCUCUCUCUCCGAUUUGAUACCUCAAACUACCUGAUGUGCUGAGGUGACCUCGCUGGACGACCUUUUACUGCUUUCUGAACCGAUCCCAGUGCCACAAUUGCUACUGGCCACCGACCUAUCUAUGGCUCAUCAGGAAGAGGGGUGGCCACUGGGGCUGCAACCACUCAAUGGGAGAGCUGGGUUGGUCAGAAGCCAUGAAUAUCUUUUUGGGUCAACUUCAUUCCACACUCUACUCAGCGCUUCUGCUACUUCCUCCACAGACUUUUCAUCGGAUUUAGAUACACAGUCCACAGGAUCAUUCUUCCAUGACAAUAGCACAACACUCGGGACCCUAAUGGGAGUCUCUACCAUUGGCACUACUAAUCUACGUGAUCUCCCAAGAAGAUCAUCAUCAGUAACAAAGGGAAGGCCCAGACCACCCGAAGUAAUUCCAGGAGUCAAGAAAAAGAAGGCCCAAUUAAGGUGCAACGCUUCUUGGUGUUUCUCUCUCUGCCCAAAAAACAACACCGAUGCUCAGAUCGGCAACGCUUCCGAUAAUCCUCCGUCUCUUGCCCAAUUUCUUGCAUCAGAGAGAAGGGCUGCUAACGGGAACCAUAUUAUUUAUGGACCCGACGGGCUAGCUCUGGCUCAACCUAUUGUUGAACCGAAUUCUCUCUUUGUUAACGGGUGCGUAGCCCCACCUCGAUCGAAUCCAUUGAUUGGAUCGGGAUUGAUGGAGAAUGGGGAUAAGGGGUGUGGCGUUCCAUUCCUGCUUUAUUGCGUGUGUGGACAAGACCAUCCACUGAAUUGAUUACUGUCUAAACUCUCUCUGUUCUUCGUUACGAUUGUUUUAUUUUUAUUCAUACGCAGAAGAGAUUCUGUUUUUAUUUGAUAGUUGAGAAUAUAAGGUGUUGUUCUCCUUA